AUGCCGGCAGCGAGACCCUCGAUGCGAUCCCGACGCAAGGUUGACGACUAUAGCGAGGAUUACAGUGACUACUACAGUGAUGAGUACACCCGCAGCGGGCGGACUGUCUCGCGGAGCGUUUCAAGCAGCAGGACCUUCAGCAUCGGCAAUUUGAGCCGCUCUCCCAGCCGCUCUCCUGCGAGGUCGGAUCGAUUGCGACGCAACAAGGGCCGCCCGCGCAGUGUAGCUGAUAGCGAAGAUUACCAUGAGCUCAAGGACUACCUGGACGGAGACGAGCCAUUGCGGCGAGCCCCCAGAUUCGAGCGUCGAUGUUCGCCGCGCCGGGAGCGGCUGCGGACGGGGAACAGGAGGCGCUCGCCAGAGAAGCCCCGAAAGCGCAAGCGGGUGGAGUUGGUGCCCAACAAAACCAAGGCAGAGGGAGAAGUGGUGCAACGAGUGCGUUUGGAAUGUCGCAAAGCCAAGGAGUUGGCACGAAAGGCCCAAGCAGAAUGUUUGGAGGCCAAGGAGGAAACCAGGCGUCUGCUGGAGGAGUCACGCUUGGCAAAGGAGGAAUCGGAACGAAUCAAGGAGCAAAUCAGGAACUGGAGCCAGCAACACUGGGAGGAGGAGGAGGACUGGAACUCUGAAUGGCCACGUCCUGAUGAGGUUAAGUGGGCCAGAAGCCAUCCCAAGGCAACCCUGAUUAGCGCGGAGCGAAGCCAGCUAAGCCAGCGAAGCGCACCGCGCCGAAGCGCAGAGGCGGCCUGGUGGCAUGGCGCCGCUUCCUGGGCCUCCCAUGCGGAGGCCUGGGCACGAGAUGCAACGGAAGCACCACCCCGGGGCGCUAGGGCGAAGCUGACCAAUGCGGAGGUACGAAAGGCCGCGAAGGCUUGUGCCAGCACCAGUGGCACCGGCGAAGCUGCCAAAGAGAUGAGGAUGCUGGUGAAGAACAUCAAGACGACCAAGCUGCGAAGGGAAUUCCAAAAGCGUGUGGGUGGUCAGUUUGGGACCUACAAGAAACACCGUGACGAGCGGCGCGCGGGCCGAGAAUCGCGGAAAACGACCGAUCCUUAUUCCGUGCUCUUCGCGCAUCUGUCCCGUCGAGUUCCGGAGGACUACUUGAAGUCUCUUUUCCAAGAGAUUGGUCCCAUUGAGCACUUUGAGCUCUGGAAAGGACCGGACGGCCAAUCGGUGGGCCGAGGCAAGGUGACUUUUAGCUCCACAGCACAUGCCAACAGCGCAGUGAAGCAGCUGAGUGGUUGGUAUGUGCAUGGCCGAACGAUGCGUGUUUGCUUGUGGCGCCCGGUGACCGAAGAGUUUGGCCAGCCGCAUAAGGAGAAUAAACUUCCUGAAAAGCCAUGUUCAGUAACCUUCAGCAAUUGCAACGCAGUGAGCACAGAAGGUUUUCUGCGCUGGCUGCUCUCGAAGGCGGGCACGGUGCUGUGUUUCGCCUUGCAACGCAGUGACGAAGGGAAGUCCCUGGGAUGGGGUUCCUGUACCUUUGAUAGCAAGGAUGCUGCUGAACGAGCCGUUCAGCGUUUUGAUGGCGCCUGGGUGGAUAACCGACAGAUCAAAUUGGAGGUGGAUUUAAAGCCUCCUAAGAGCUUCCGACCCUGCGUCUUCUUCCACAAUGUCUCCUGGACGACCACGGCCCACGACUUGAAGAGAAGGCUACAACAAUUCGGCACCAUUGAGGAGUUUGAGCUACGAGUGAAGCCCAAUGGACGCUCCUUGGGCAUGGGCACUUGUCGGUUUUCGUGUUCGAAGGAAGCCAAAGCAGCCAUCAAGGGCCUGGAUGGCCAUAUGCUGCAGGGCAGGAGGUUGUACCUCUGCAGAUACGACCCGAUUGGUGCUGGCCGCGUUCAGGCCAGUAGACCAUGGGAAAACUGUCCACCAGAAGUGAAAGAAGAAGUGGUCAGCGACGACGAAAAAGAAGAGUCCAAUCCAAGCUCCAAUUGA